AUGGCAUCUACACCAGGAUACACACCACGCGCAGUUCUCGAUGCUUUUUAUGAAGCAGAACGAGCAUACAUGUCCUCUGCGCCUGAGGCCCGUGACUUUUCCGGCAUCGCCGCCACGCUCGCACCUGAUGUCCGUCUAGAGCAGACACCCGCCCUUCCGUACGCUGGCGUCUACAUCGGACCCCAAGGAAUUCAGGACUGGAGCACCCGCAUGGGGGACUACUUUGACAUUGUCGACGUGCAGAACCCUGAGAUCUUUGAGCGCCCUGGAUCGGACCGUGUUGUGGUGCUAUCGAAUGUUCACUUGAGGGUGCGAUCCACCGGACAAGAGAUGGAUUUUCCGUUCUGUCAGGCCUUCACUGUGGAUUUGGAGAAGGGGCUUAUACUGGAAAUUAGGCCGUUCUACUGGGAUGUGGCUGCUGUCAAUGCGGCGCUGGGAUAUUAG